AUGUCCGGAAUCCCUCAGCGCUUCUGGGGCCAACCCAUCACAUACCUGCGGUGGUGCAUGCACGAGAAACCCGCCAUCUUCUGGAGCUGCGUGAUAGGUGCAGUGGGACCGGCUUCGUUUCUUGUCAUCCCUCCGCUGAGGAGGUGGGCAGGUGACGAAGACCCGCCAAAGAUCCCGCUGAGUUAUCCUGUGCCUACGGGACCCAGAAAGAUCCCCGAAGGUUUCGACGAUCCGAAAUGA